GCUCAUAACAACAUCGGCAUCACCAUCACUUGCUGUCUCCAACUCCACAGCUGCAGAUACAUUGCUAAAGCUGCUGGGUCCCAAAUCCACGUCGUGUUUGGCUGCGAACCUUCGGAAGACUUGCCGUAAGAGACCCACUUUGAGGACAUUCCGAGGCGGUGUUCUGUAUUCCACACCAAGGACGAUGAUCACGCUAAUUUGCUCCCAUAGAUGUUUUCAGCACUUCCUCCGGUAUCAUUAUAAUUUAUCCUGUCUGUUUGUCCGUGUUACUUGCGCUCUCAGUUCAGAAGUACUCUCAACUCAAGCAACAAGGCCAACUAUAACCGAACUCAGCAAGAGAGCUCGAUAUUCGAUGCCCGCAUCAUAUUCGAUGCUUUGCUUCCGUGCCUACGUCGAUGACGUCAAGUCCAGACGAAAAUGGAUGUGCCAUGAUAGGUUAUUCCUCAAAGAUGUGGUGGGACUCAACGUUCGAGCUUACUACGACGAAGCACAUUCGUGCAGUCAGGAGGACGCGACUACAGUGCUUUCCAUAGGACGUGGCAGUGAACAGAAGCUGACCCUUCCGUCGUGCACUGCGGACCGACGUCCUUUCUUCAUACGAGACUGCGAAGAAGCAUUCGCGUCAAUGAAGGACACAAUCCUUGCGACAGUGUCGUGGGAUCAAUUUUUGGACAUUGGGUGUGGAGCCGGAGAUCUCACAAAUUCUGUCAUUAAAAAGUGGGGAGGCCAGUGCCGCACGAUUGUGGCAACGGACACAUUAGAUGAAUUGAUCAGUGUGCUCAGAAAGAAUGUAAUAGAUCGAGAGGUUUUGUACGAGCACUUAGACAUUGAGAGUGAUGUCACUCAAGCUAUAGAAAGAUGGGGAAGGUUCAGGAGAAUUUUCUCGUUGUGCUACAUGGACCGGGUGAAAGAUAAGAGAACUGCAUUUAAGAAUGUGCGUGAGCUUUUGAUUGACGGCGGAGACUUCUUGAUGUUGUUCGUGGCAGACUCCAAUUUACAGUCACUCAUUUCUGAAGUAAGGAGGAGUUCCAAGUGGAUCCAUUUAACGAAGGAUUUUGAUGAUACCUUACCCAGACCGGAUGAGCUAACAGAUCCUGUGCCUCAUAUAAGUGAACUCCUGAACGAUAUCGGCAUGGAAGUUACCACGUGUACGUCAAAGGAGUGCAGCUGGACUUGCAAUUCCACGGAAGAGCUGAGGGAUGCGGUGAUCGCAUCUGCAGCGUUCCUGUACCACAUGCCGAUUGAUCAGCGCGAGCCGUUCGUUAAUGACUGCGUAAUGACGGCCGAAAAAGAACUGCCUAAAGAGAACGGAAGAUAUUCAAAGUUUUGUUACAGCAUACUUGUAGCACACGCAGUACGUCCUCCAGCGAUCUUCCAAGGGCUUCUGUGAAGUAUGGCGGCUACGUGAAUUCACAAGGAAUCUAGAAGAAUUUGUGUGGAUCACUCGCGUAGAUCGAUAGUAGUCCCUAUUAAAACAUGGGUACAUGAA